CUUCCAACUUCUGCAAUCCAAACAGAGUGUCAACGAUUCAAACUCUCCGAUGGCUUCCUCCCUCCUCGAUUGCUUCCUCGCUCUCUCCAACUCUUUCGUAGCUUCCUUCCUUUCCCCGACUCUCCGAUGGAUGGCACACCAAGAAAUGCUGUGAUUUGUUUGAGAGGGUUUCACAAAGUGUAAAAGUGGAGCACUACAGUUAGGCGCUUAAUGAUCUUAAUGCUGCCAUUGAGGCAGAUCCAUCACUUUCAGAAGCAUACUUUCACGCAUCCACUCUCUGUCAAUUUUGCUGGUACUGCUUGCUUUGAUGUUAUAUUGUGGAUGCUGAAUAUCCAAACAUAGCGGGGUUUUUGGCACAUACCAAGGACAAAGGUAUCAUGCACCUGAUUUUGCACAAAGACAUUGUUUGAGUGGAAAAGAAGAAUUAUUCAACAUGAGACAUUUUGUAGUGUGAAAUGUAAUUGAGCACGACAUUAAAAUUUUGAAGUGAAG